AUGGGAGUGGGCGGCGGGGGGCGUCGGAUGCUGGAGGCGGAGUCGCAGAAGACGAGGUCGGAGACACCCGGAACGAAUGAUGAUGACCAUGUCGAUGUCGAGGCUCCUUGUCAGCACAAGGAGUUGGAUACCUUGCACGCGAAUGUAGAACUGGCCGCAAGAGUGAAACCAUGUCUUGCGAAGCCUUGGAGUGCAUGUCGCUUGGCUCCGGGUCGUCAGGCCGAACAUCAGGUAGCCGAGAACCGUGCUGAUGAUGCAGAGUCCUGUCUGCUGGCCGUCCUCGGUGAUUUCUGCAAUCAGCUUGCCUUUAUACUUGAUUGUACCUCUAUCCCAAAAUAUGCGGAUAGACUGCUGUGCAAGGCCCGUAUUCAUAAGCUGGUGCUUCACCUGCCCGAGUGUUUUGUCCACGCGGCGUUUUUCGAUUGGGUCAUUGUUUUUGCACCAUAA